UCCAGCAGCUGUGGGAGCCCAGAGAACAGUUGAGCAGGAGCUGCUGAGGGGUGGGGAUUGAAGGAACCACAGAGUUCACAAUCUUUUUUUGCAGCACUAAGGACAUGAGAAUCACAAAAUUACAUGGGCUGGCUAUUCUAGUGACAGCAGGAAUCACUGGUGCAAUCUGGUACCACCACCCUUUCUCCCCCAGCAGAGACCAGGAACAUGCAGCCUCCCCUGCAGGGGACUCAGGACUGAAAACAGACUUACAUGAAACCUCUCUGAUGCUUCCAUGGAGACAGGAUGUGUUGGUGUUGACACCAUGGCUGGCUCCAAUAGUUUGGGAAGGCACAUUCAGCAGAGACAUCCUGAAUGCUCAAUAUCUGCAGAAGAAUCUGGUCACUGGAGUGGUCACUUUUGCUGUUGAAAAAUAUGUCCAGUUCAUAGAAGGGUUCAUGACAUCUGCCAACAAGUACUUCCUUGCUGGGCACCAAGUGAAUUUCUACUUGUUCACAGACAGCCCUGAGAAAGUCUCCCACCUUCAGAUGGCCCCUGAGAACCACCUGUUUGUCAUCCCUGUGCAGAAUGGCUCCAGGUGGCAGGACAUCUCCAGGUGCCGCAUGCGCAUCAUCAGCUCACACAUCCAGAAGCAGUUCCAGCACGAGGUGGAUUAUCUGUACUCCAUGGACAUCAACGUGCAGCUCCUGGCACACAUCGGGGUGGAGAUCAUCGAUGCCCUGGUGGCAACCAUCAGCUCCUGGCAGGUCACCUCUCAGCAGGAGAACAAAGCCCAUGGGACACGCCCUGAGCCACAAGGGGACUUCCAUUACACUGCCAGCUUCUAUGGCGGCAGUGUGUCUGAGGUGCACAAAUUGACCACAGCCUGUUUUAGGGGGCUGGGGGAGGACAGAGAAAAUGGAAUUGAGGCUUGGGGGCACCAUGAGAGGCACCUCAACAAGUACCUGCUGCAGCACAAACCCACACGCCUGCUGUCCCCAGAGUACUACUGGGACACAGAGCUGAGCCCCAGCGUCAUCCACGUGAAGAGGAUGUGCUCUGUGCACAGGGACAGCCAGAGGUGUAGCUGCCAGAGCUAGGAUGGUUCUAGCUUCUGGCUGCUAUGGGGUCUGGAUAGCUCCAGGAGCCCCCGAGGCAGAAUUUAGGUUCUCAGCUAGCUAGGAAUGAGAUCCUGGGAAUUGCAGUAGAGGUUCUGAAGAAAGCUUUAUUUCUUCAAAGGGUUCUACCAGCAAAAUCUGAAUACACAGCAUAACAAGGGGUUUUUAUAGGGUUUAGGAGGAUUGAGAUCUAACCAGUAAAAUUAUAACUUGAAAACUAUCCAAUUGCUUUAAGAUUCCAGGUGAGAAAAGACAAAUCAUUUAGUAAGGUUAAAGACCAAUAGAAAUCCUAAAUGUUAUCAGGGGUUUCUGUAGGGGGGUAAAUAUUUCUCUAAUAUGAGUCAUUCUAAGGAAAAGUUUCCUUAUCUCAGGGUAUGAGAUCCUCGGGGCCUUUUUCAGGGAUAGUUGUAUCAUCCACACAGAGGUAGCUCCUGAAACAGAGGAUGUGAAGCUUUUCCUCCUCACAGCCCCACUGUGAAGAACUGAGAGUGAUGGGCAAGGGAAGUUUCUCUGUUUGUAGGACUGAACACAUUUUCUUCUUCUCAACUUAGCCCAUAAAGUCUCCUUAGCUAGAGACAGCUAAACCUGUUGUUGGAAACUGCUGGGAGCCAGGGAAAAAGCAGCCUUGAAGCCUUGCCUUUCUCAGCCUUCACAAGGAUUAAUGAUUAUGCAUAAUAGUGAUUAUACACCUGCAGGGUGUGUGAAAGCCGUGUGAGUGUCUUGUGAUAUUUUGCAGAAAGUGUG